UAUUGGGGCUGGCAGGCGUGAGGCCGGCGGGAUGGCCUCCGGCUAUAAGAAGCCGUCGCUGGCAGCCGCGGCGCAGAGGAAGAAGGCGAAUCCCAAGCUGGAGCUGCCGGAGGAGCAGCAGCGGGAGAUCCGCGAGGCCUUCGAGCUCUUCGACACCGACGGCAGCGGCAGCAUCGAUGUCAAGGAGCUGAAGGUGGCCAUGAGGGCCCUGGGGUUUGAACCUAAGAAAGAAGAGAUCAAGAAAAUGAUCUCAGACAUUGAUAAGGACGGGACAGGAAAAAUCAGCUUCAGUGACUUCCUGGCAGUGAUGUCACAGAAAAUGGCCGAAAAAGAUUCCAAAGAGGAGAUUCUCAAAGCUUUCAAACUCUUUGAUGAUGAUGAAACUGGAAAAAUCUCUUUCAAAAACCUCAAACGUGUGGCUAAAGAGCUGGGGGAGAACCUCACAGACGAAGAGCUGCAGGAGAUGAUUGACGAGGCAGAUCGGGAUGGGGAUGGGGAAGUGAGCGAGCAGGAAUUCCUGAGGAUCAUGAAGAAGACCAGCCUUUACUGAAGCCCAGUGGGAUUUAUUCCUUGGCACUCAUUCCUCCCUUGCUUUUGUAGUGUCUCGAUUCCUUUGGAGGCAGCAGGAAAACACAGGUCACUUCUGUUUGAAGUUUUUUGUGGGGGAUUUUUUUUUGGUUGGAAGUUUUAAAGGUGUUUGGGAGCAGUUUGCACCACCCUGUUUACAGGCAGCAACGUGGUUGCUGGUUAUGAUGUUUACACUGCUUUAAAUACACAAAUCACAGUUUUGGGACCAAAUUCUGACUGAACAAAUGGGUCCAAAUGAUUCCAGUUUGGUAAAGAGAUGACUCAAACCAGAGAUUGUCAAUCUGUUGAUCAGUGUAAAUCUAUUUUGGGUUUAUGUCUUGGUUUGGGCCCUACAAUGAACUCUUUCUAUGACAUAUUUGCAGGGACCAACUUUUCAGAACCUGUUUUAUGGGGAUCAACCCUUCCCCCCCUUUUUUGGGACAUUCUUUAAACUCAAAGUAAAAAUAAACUGCUGCAAUUUACCUUGUGUUCAGUUCACAUGGCUAAAGAAAUCGUAGCAGAAGGAAAUUUCCAGUGCUGCUGCCGAGACCUCUGUGCUUGCAGGAAUGUUCAGAGGCUGCAGAUGGGAUUGGAUUUCUAAUAAAGUCUUAUUUUAAGCCAUCAGA